AGAAGAAUGGAAAAUUGUGGUCCUCAAGCAUCUGACUCCAUCUCUCCACUUUUCCUCUCAAAAUUCCCAUCACCCCACCACCCAAUAUCUCCUCAUUUGAUCACUACUAUACUACUACUACUAUAUAUUUAUUUUUCCAUAACACAUGAUGAUGAAUGAGGGCAAGCCCAUGAAGGGGAAGAUGAUGAAGAGGGAUUGCGCCGCCGCCGCCGCCGCGGACUCCGACGACGAUGAACUCACGCCAGAGGACGACAAGCGGAAGAGGGUGGCCGGCGCCAAGAAAGGAGGCGGUGGCGGCGGCGACAUGAAGAGCUGCCAGGCGGAGAAGUGCUCCGCUGAUCUCGCCGCCGCCAAGGCCUACCACCGCCGCCAUAAGGUCUGCGAGCACCACGCCAAGGCGCAGGUCGCUGUCGUCGCCGGAAUCCGCCAGCGCUUCUGCCAGCAAUGCAGCAGGUUCCACGAGCUAUCGGAAUUCGACGACGCGAAGAGGAGCUGUCGGAGGCGGUUGGCCGGCCACAAUGAGAGGAGGAGGAAGAAUCCGGGCGACGGCUCUCAGGCAGAAGGCUCCACGAGCGGUCGGAUCAAGGGCGGCGGGGGCACGACGGCGGGUGGUCAUCAGUUGAAGGAGAUGGUGUGUGGGCAGGUGGAUGAUAGGGGAAGGAUUCAAAUGACUGUCCAAGAAAAUUCAACCUACAAACAUUUCCAUGUCCGAUGAUAUCUCACCCUAGCUCCCUCUCUUCUGUCAUUCUCAUCAUAUAUAUUUAUAUAUUAAGUAAAGACCUAAUUAUUACUAAGUGGUAGUAUGUCUUUAUUUAUCUUUAA